AUGGCCUCAAAUAACGACACCAACUACCCACCAAACUCGACCGACAACACGUCUCGUAACCGACGUAGCUCCGUCACCUCGGCGGCCCUCUCCAGCAUCUUUCGCAGCAACUCGACCUCGAGCGCCAACAAUGGCACCCCUGCCUUCCCAGGCCCCGUUGCCUCGGCUGCCCUUGACCAGACACGGCGGCGGCGCCUCUCUGUGUCCACAACGGCCGCCCUUGGCCUAUCCGGCGCUACAGCAGGCAGCGGUAGCGUCAGUGCGGGCCCCAACGGCGGGAUUGGUGCGUCAUCGUUUGCUGCGCGCCGGGCAAGCAUGUCCACCAACUCGUCGACAUCGGACACGGCCUUUGACGAGAACGCCAUUGAAGACGACGACGCGCCUCCGGGUAGCGGGUCGCGCAACUCGCCCAAUUCACCCUUUGCACGCCGCAUGAGUUUUGGUGCCCAGGCCAUGCGUAACCUCCGUGGCCCCGGUGGUACCAGUCCGGGCGGCGCCUCCUCUAACGGUAGGCUGCGCUCCAACUUUUCCAGCACCGCUACUACUGCUGCAUCUGGUGGAGGGAGGCAAUCACAGCAGCAGCAGCAGCAGCAGCAAUCCUCUGCCUCUGGUUCGCUCUCGCCUGGUUCUUCCUCACCUCGCUCCCCUUCAUUGUCCUCUUCUUAUGUCUCACCCCGUCCUCCCAUUACGAUACCAACACAACGGAAUGCAUCCCGAGGGGCUUCUUUUUCCUAUACGGCGGCGAGCCAAGCAAGUUCCCAUGCACCAGUACUCAGUCCUAGAACUGCUUCUGACAAAAUGUUUUUUCCCGCUGCUCGUGCAGACCAAGGAUACAACUGGCCUGAGCAGCUUAGGUCUCGUGCCGAGAGCAGUGUGGCGUCCGGCGCCCGGCCCUCGUUCUCCUUUGCCUCGGGAAUGGGCAAUUCCCCGCCGCGCGGAAGCGGCUUUGGCUCUAUGUCGAGCUAUGGCCCAGGUGGCAGCUCUGGUCUUCCGGGUGGUAUCAGCGGAGGUGUCGGCAGCGGCGGCGGUGUCGGCCUGCGCCACGACCGUGCCAAGUCUGUAUCGGACAUACCCACGCCGGCACCCGCACAGCGUCCUGCUCCGCAGCAACCCCGCCAGGCUCGGCCGAAGCCAGAUCACUUCCAAGAGAGAAUCCUCAAGGGUGACUUCUAUAUGGAUUAG